GGUAUUCGGUAUGCUCAGUCCACCGACUUCUAAUGACUCGAAAAAUAUACGUAAACGUCGGAAAUAUUAUAGAAUGAAUACUUGGUAAAUUAUUCUUUUGCGGAGCAGUGAUUGUUGGUAGGCAGGCACUGAUGAUUCAUGAACAAGUCUAGAUAAGAAAAAAAGGCGUUUAGUCACAGCACACCUUUAUGGAAAAGCUGGUCCCACCACCGUGACCCUGCACUCCGCUAUAUAACUCUGGGGCACGUCAGGUCUCAGAUCAGUUGAAGCAAUCUACUCUCCACUUUUACACCAUGUCAGACUUGGCCGAUCUCUCCCUCCAAAACAGUGGGAGCGCAAAGAAACCGCAGGACCUACGACAAUUUAGCACGCAGGAACUGUACAACUUCCUUGAUUCCUUCGACACAAUUUUAUCAGACUGCGAUGGUGUCUUGUGGAAUUGUCACACUCCUAUUCCAGGCGCGUUAGCCACCCUGAAGGAACUGCAAGACAAGGGAAAAAAUGUUUACUUCGUAUCGAACAACAGCACUUUGUCCAUGAAAGACUUUUUGAAGAAGCUGCACACGCAGGGAUUUCCAGCAAGAAAGGAACAAAUAAUCAUUCCCUCACUCGUUGUUGUCUGGUACUUGAAAUCUAUUGAUUUCAAAGGAGAAGCAUACGUUGUCGGCACUGAUCCAUUCAAAAAUGUCUUGAGGGAAAAUGGAAUAAAGGUUGCACCACCAGAGCCUGACUCUGUCAAGGAGGAUUUGGCAGAAGUAGUAAAAGCUCUGCAAGAUGUUCCGUCGAUUAAAGCUAUCAUUCAUGACUUCGAGCCCAACUACAGCUGGAUGAAAAUUAUGAGGUCGAUAGUAUCGCUGCGACGAGACGACUGCCUCUACAUUGCUGCGGCACUGGACAACAAAGUUGCUGUAGGAGCUGAGCACCCAUUGCUCGGUACAAAAGUCUUCACGGACAUAGUCUCAGAGUUCAGCGGAAGAGAGCCCACGUUGACCGGGAAACCCAGUAAACUACUGAAGCAGUACGUUUACAAGAAUUGUUCCAUUGCUGACCCCGAACGCUGCAUAUUCGUUGGCGACACAAUUCAACAGGACAUGGGAUUUGCCAAGUUAUGUGGUUUCAAAAAACUUUUCGUCAGCUCUGGUGUGACCAGCUUGGAAGAAGUGUUGAAAGAGGAACACCUGCGUCCAGAACUCUAUAUACCGUCGAUCGGUGGCCUGCUGCCCUUACUAAAAAACUUACCUCCGGAAGAUGCUCGUGCUGGCCGGAAACCCCAAUAAAACGGAUCUAUGGCGCGUUAAAUCGUAAUUUAAGAUUACCCUUAAUGGAAUAUUUCUGUAUUACUGUAUCACCUCAGUGAAAUUUUUAUAAAACAAUCUUUACAAUUAUUUACACGAGGGGUAAAAUGAAAUACCUGUAAUUUUUGCAUCGAAAUCUCAUUUGCUGUUUUUAUAAAAAAUAAUUUUACGCCUUGCACCCAUUGUUGAGUUAAAUCAGUU